AUGACACGGAAAUUUCAAGGAAGGAAUUGGGGACUAAAUCCCCACAUUCAAAAAGUGCUUUAUAGCACGGUGGUGGAAAAGAUUGCGCUGUACGCAGCUGCAAUCUGUGCUCAACCGAUGACAACGAGGAAAAUCAAGCAGUUAACAUCACUCCAACGCCCUUUUGUCAUAAGCAUAUGCAGGGCAUACUGCACAACAGCCGCGAGCUCCGCCCUUACUCUAGCAGGUAUAGUCCCUCUACACAUCCAGGCCGAGCUAGAGGCGACAUAUACGAGAGUCCUUCACCUGAGGAAAGACGCCUCCUUCGGAAGUACUCUCUACAGUCCAGCACUUUAUGAGCACCCCAAGACACCGCUGCACACACAUCCAGCGCAUAAAGGACUAGGGGUCCAUACCCACAUCAUGCAACAGCCCAACAAGGAAAUACAGCACAUCAGCAACCAUAUACUCUACACUGAUGGUUCUAAACAUGCUGAAGGCGUUGGCAGUGCUUUCCUGCACUGUUGGCAAGCCAAGAAUUACAAUCAUUGGAAAGGCCACCUAGGUGACAGCAAUAGCGUCUUUCAGGCCGAAGUGAUAGCAAUUACAGCUGCUGUUGAAUAUCUAAUAAGCCAAAAAAUCUCAAAAGCUUAUCUCUAUACGGAUAGUAUGUCUGCCUUGCUGGCCCUAAGUAAACACAACCAUGUUUCCCCGUUGAUCAUCCGCCUUCAAAAACUUUUAAAAGAUAAUCCACAGGUACACGUGGACAUGACGUGGGUGAAAGCUCACGAAGGCAAUGCAGGUAAUGAGGCAGCGGACGUGCUCGCCAAAGAGGCAGCCUCAAACAUCAACGUCCCAUCGCUGUUCCGGCGCCACCUUCCCAUCUUAAAAGACUGCUGA